CGGCGGGUUUGAAAGGAGUUGCCGCUUUCCGUUUUCCCUUCCUGCCUCACUCCUCUCGCAGUCACGGCGCGUUACUUCUUUAUGCUCCGGUCUGAGCCUUCCUGCAGCUUGUCCUGUCCGAGCCGAGUUCAAGGAAACUUGCCGGACCUCAAUUUUUUUCUUAGCUCUGCUGUUCUGCACCGUUUCUGUAUUCACUCUUCUCUCCCCUGCUCCUCCAGUCGCCGUCGAGAAUAUCUUGUAUAAUACGAGCGUGUUAAUGUGUCCACCUCUCCCCAUGCAUCGUAAAGGCACCCAAAAAUGGGCAGGGUGUGAACAGGUUCCAGCUGUUAAGUUAGAAGUUGCUGUAUUUUCCAGUGGGCAUGUGUAGAAGGAGUUUUCCAUUCCUUAUUCCUGCUGAAUUCCAAAUUCCUUCACCACAAGAAGCUGCUUCUUUCCUAAGAGGAUUUCUGCCUCCCAGCAGUCCUUCUUCCAUCAAUUGUAGCAGACUUGUUGCAACAGUAGUAUUCUGGAUGGCAAAUUGUUACAAAAAGGAGAUUGGUGAUGCCACAGGACCAGCUUACACUGACAUGGCAUCCAACAAAUUUGUCAUUAAGUGUGGGAACUUUGCUGUUUUGGUGGAUGUUCAUAUUUUGCCUCAAGGCUCCAGUAAAGACACCAGCUGGUUUUCAGAUCAUGAGAAAGAGGAGGUCUGCAUGCUGUUAGAAGAAGUUGUUGCUUCAAGGGUCAAACAUUACUUGGAAGCACCUAAACAGCGUGGUCAGUGGAAAUCAAUGGAUCAUGCACCAUCUGGUCCUUUGUUUCUUACCGCCAACAGUUUUCACAUUACUGCCUACUUUAUGAAGAGAUGGGUUAAUCUUCGUUGUGCUCUAGGGAAACGUUAUCGUGAGCUACGUGUGUUUCCAGACAGAUUUAUAGUUUGUGUCAGUAAACUUGAAUCUAAUCCAAGUGCUUGGACAUGUGAAAAUGGUGUAUUGAAAGAAGAACUUUCCAAUGGGACAUCUGAAUAUUUUACUGAAUCUGCUGAGAACAAGAAGCUUAAGAUGAGUCUGAAUGAACAAAUAAAGCAAGACGUCUUGAAAGAAAUUGCGAAAAGGACAAAAGCAAGUAAAAGCAGCACAAGCAAACCUCAAAUCAGCAAGGACUCCAAGGAAGUGGCUCUUGGCUCAGUGGACUCACAGACAGGGAACAGAAAGAAGGACUGUCAAACUGCUUUCAGUCCUCAAUCUGAAGUGAAAUGUAGGAGUAUAGACCUGCUAAAGGACUGCAUAAAUACAGCUGAGAGCAACUUGGAGCUUCCUGGUUUAGCGCUGGAAAACUAUGUUAAUCAGAGACAGCCGGAUAAUGUUAGCAGCCAGCAAAAACCUCACUGUGUGGAGCAGUUGAAGAUGAGUCUUCUAAGCGAGAACCCCCCUUGUAGCUCUGAGUCAGCACUGCUAGGUCCAAAACAAAGUCGGAAAGUGAUGAAAACACAGGCUCAGCAAAAGAGCUGUGGUGCAGAAGAAAAGUCAGAGCAUUUGAAAAAAAUAUCCUCUGAAGAAGGGACUUCUUCAAUUUCUAGCAAUACCAAAAUGAGUAAGCUUGAUGAUGAUUGUUCAGGUCUAUUCCUGGAGAAGAAGACCCCACUUAAUUCCAGGUUGUUUUCUAAACAAGACAUGGUAAAGACUGUGUCUGAUGAGGAGUCACUAACUUUGGGAAAACACCUCUCCCAGCCUCUUUCUGAGAGGAGCAACAUAGUGCAGACAAGACAAAAUGAGCCAAGCACAACUGCUGAGGAAUUGCCUGUGAUGCCAUCAUCUUGUUUAGAACUGCAGCCUAUGUCUUCGGUGAAGCUUAGCCAAAAAAGAAAACAAGAAGCUGAAAAUGGUCUCAGGAAAUUAAAACUGCGAAGGCUUAAGAAGUCAUAAAAUCAAAAAUACUAUUGUGAUGGCAUGGCUGGACAGCCUCAUUUGUCUUUGGAAAGCAUAUGCAAAAAGUAGGAAGCAAUUAAAAAUAAUGAAAAAGUCAAAAUUAGAUAAAACUCUUUAAAGAAAAUUCAGUUAACUAAGUUUCUAACUCAUUUGGAAGUAUAAUAGAGAUGAUUCUGUUAAGUCUUUAGGAAGUAGACAUUAAUAUUGUACAAACCAGUUGUAGUAUUUGUAGAAAGAAGAAUCUCUUAUGAAAUAAUAUUUACUAAGCAAAAUUUUAGAUCUGUGUAUGUUUUAUUGCUGUUAAAAAGUCAUAUUAGCUGAUGACAGCAAAAGUUAAAACCACUUGAUCUGUUAGCAGCUGCAGUUAGUGUUUUGCUUGUUUCAGAACAGAGUUUAUUUUAGUAAAAAUUAAUCCUUUCUCUCUCUGUGUCAGGAAGUUUAUGGUUUAUUCACAUGAUCUUUACAACAAUAAGGAGAAUUGAGCUUAUUUAAAAUAGAUCUUCAUCCAGGAUUUAAUGAUGCUGAUAAUUUCAGGCCCACCUUUUCACUUGUGUUUCAAAAUAACUUCAAUUUCUGCUUGCGCAGUUUUGGUACAAACAUUUAUUUCUUACCCAUGUUGUGGAUAGAAGUGAUCAAGGUCUUUGGAAGAAGGAAGAUUAGCUUUAUACAUGCAGUCACCUGGAUGUGCAAAUAUGGAUUACUAUUGGGGAAAGUUCAUACAUAAACAUACCUACACUUCUUUAUGCAUUCAUGUUUCAAAAUCAGGCCUUGUUUGCAUGCAAGGACUGUUCUUCAUGUGUUAGCAAUACCCAAGUUCUUAUUUUAAGACAGAGGUAAUUUUUAAUUACACAGGGCUUUUUAAUACUGCUUUUGUAAAUUGUAUGAUAAUACUCUGAGGAUAUGCAACUUUUUAUUCCAUACUUAUCUUUUUAAAAUGUUUAAAAUAAAAUUAUAAGAAAUUUUCUUUCA